AUAAUAAUAAUUUCUAAUCCAUCCAAUUGUUUCUUCUCCAAAGCUGCUCAAGUUCUGUACCGAAAUUUCUGGACAUCAGCAAAUAGAAACGUCCCAAGAUAUUGUCAAUUCGUAAACCAUCCCCCACACUACAGGGAUCUAUAGCUUAGCUCGGGUCCCAAAUACGUGUGACAGACAGUUUCAUCCCACGUGGCGUCGUCGCCUAUCGUCUCCUCUCUGGCUCUCUGCCUUUAUCUAUUUUUUAUUUAAAAAAAAUUAAAAAAAGAGUCUAUUUCCACUUUUCAUUCCCCUCCUCCAGCGCGGCCAUAAAUAAACCCGUCCUCUAGGCUGUAUAGCUCGUGACAACAUUGCUUCUCUGUUAAGUCCCUCCACAAGAAAGUUAACUGCUCUCGCUUCUCUCUCUAUCUCUCUCUGUUUGAGGUUUCCGUCAUGGCAAGGAAUAUUCUGGUCACCGGUGGUACUGGUUACAUUGGGAGUCACACGGUGCUUCAACUCCUUUUAGGCGGUUACUCCGUUGUCGUUGUCGAUAAUCUCGAUAAUUCCUCCGCUGUUGCUCUCGAAAGAGUCAAGGAAAUCGCCGGCGAACGCCGCAAGAACCUCUCCUUUCACCAGGUUGACCUCCGGAACAAGCCAGCUCUGGAAAAAGUUUUCUCCCAGACAAAAUUUGAUGCUGUUAUCCACUUUGCUGGGCUCAAGGCAGUUGGUGAGAGUGUGGAGAAACCAUUGCUUUAUUUUGACAACAAUCUUAUUGGAACAAUUACAUUGCUGGAAGUAAUGACUGCCCAUGGAUGCAAGAAGCUUGUGUUUUCCUCGUCUGCUACUGUUUAUGGUUGGCCAAAGGAGGUUCCAUGUACUGAAGAAUUCCCUCUAUUUGCAAUGAACCCAUAUGGUAGAACCAAGCUUUUCAUCGAAGAGAUUUGCGGUGAUAUCUACCGUUCAGAUUCUGAAUGGAAGAUCAUAUUGCUAAGAUACUUCAAUCCUGUUGGUGCACAUCCUAGUGGCCUUAUUGGUGAGGAUCCCCGUGGAAUUCCAAACAACCUAAUGCCAUAUGUGCAGCAAGUUGCUGUUGGAAGGCGUCCUCAUCUGACAGUCUUUGGAAAUGACUAUACAACCAAAGAUGGUACCGGGGUACGUGACUAUAUUCAUGUUGUUGACUUAGCAGAUGGUCACAUUGCUGCAUUGUGUAAGCUCUCCGAUGCUAAAAUAGGUUGUGAGGUAUAUAAUUUGGGAACAGGAAAAGGAACAUCAGUUUUGGAGAUGGUUGCAGCAUUUGAAAACGCUUCUGGAAAGAAAAUUCCUCUUGUAAUGGCUGGACGGCGUCCUGGUGAUGCUGAAAUUGUUUAUGCAUCAACAGACAAGGCAGAACGUGAAUUGAAGUGGAAGGCAAAAUAUGGCAUUAAUGAGAUGUGCAAAGAUCAAUGGAACUGGGCCAGCAAGAACCCUUAUGGCUAUGGGUCUCCUGAGACCAAGUGAAAGACUAAUAUUUUAAUGAUGUCUUCUCACCCACAUUAUCAUGUUUAUAAUGCUUUUAGGGAUUAGGUAUUAGCUGAUAACCAUUGUUGUGUUAUGAUCCCCAAAUAAGCUGCCACUUGGCCCCUACAUCUACAUAAAUGUCCAGCUAGGAGUCCCUCUUGUAGUUGACAGUCAUUUGAGGGCUAUAUUCUUCCUAGUUAAUUAGUGAAAUAAACUCUAUUUCAAUGAGUAAAUAUUUCUAAUUUGAUUAUGUUUAUAAUCAGUGGGAUAUUUAUGAUUGAUCUUUCCUCUGAUUAUGAAUAGAACUAAAUUCAGGUCGUUUCAUUUA